ACGGGCACCAAAGACUGCGCGGCCCCCUCUGGAUAGGGGUGUGGGGGGAGAGCCCGCGACCCCGGGCUGCGAUCCGCGAGCACCAGUGGUCCAGCAUGCUGUGCCCACCCUACGCCACGGUGCACUGACCAUGAGCUUCAACUCCUCGCUCGGCCACAGAAAGGAGCUGAGUAACCUCACCGAGGAGGAGGCUGGUGAAGGGGGCAUCAUCAUCACGGAGUUCAUCGCCAUCAUCGUCAUCACCGUCUUUGUCUGCCUGGGCAAUCUGGUCAUCGUGGUCACCUUGUACAAGAAGUCCUACCUCCUCACCCUCAGCAACAAGUUCGUCUUCAGCCUGACGCUGUCCAACCUGCUGCUCUCCGUGCUGGUGCUGCCUUUCGUGGUGACCAGCUCCGUCCGCAGGGAAUGGAUCUUCGGCGUGGUCUGGUGCAACUUCUCAGCCCUCCUCUACCUGCUCAUCAGCUCGGCCAGCAUGCUCACCCUCGGGGUCAUUGCCAUCGACCGCUACUACGCCGUCCUGUACCCGAUGGUGUACCCCAUGAAGAUCACCGGGAACCGGGCCGUGAUGGCGCUGGUCUACAUCUGGCUUCACUCCCUCAUUGGCUGCCUGCCGCCCCUGUUUGGCUGGUCAUCCGUGGAGUUUGAUGACUUCAAGUGGAUGUGUGUGGCCGCCUGGCACAGGGAGCCCGCCUACACCGCCUUCUGGCAGAUCUGGUGUGCCCUGUUCCCCUUUGUGGUCAUGCUGGUGUGCUAUGGCUUCAUCUUCCGCGUGGCCAGGGUCAAGGCACGCAAGGUGCACUGUGGCACGGUGGUCAUUGUGGAGGAGGAUGCCCAGAGGAACGGACGGAAGAACUCCAGCACCUCCACCUCCUCUUCGGGCAGCAGGAGGAACGCCUUUCAGGGUGUGGUCUACUCAGCCAACCAAUGCAAAGCCCUCAUCACCAUCCUGGUGGUCAUUGGUGCCUUCAUGGUCACCUGGGGUCCCUACAUGGUUGUCAUCACCUCCGAGGCUCUCUGGGGCAAGAACUAUGUCUCCCCGACCCUGGAGACCUGGGCCACGUGGCUGUCCUUCACCAGUGCCAUCUGCCAUCCCCUGAUCUACGGACUGUGGAACAAGACGGUUCGCAAAGAACUCCUGGGCAUGUGCUUUGGGGACCGGUAUUACCGGGAGCCUUUUGUGCAGCGACAAAGGACUUCCAGGCUCUUCAGCAUUUCCAACAGGAUCACAGACCUGGGCCUGUCCCCGCACCUCACGGCGCUCAUGGCGGGCGGCCAGCCCCUGGGGCACAGCAGCAGCACUGGCGACACUGGCUUCAGCUGCUCUCAGGACUCAGGAACGGAUGUGAUGCUGCUUGAAGACUACCCAUCCGAUGAUACCCCUCCCUCCCACUGCACUUGCCCACCCAAGAGGAGGAGCUCAGUGACGUUUGAGGAUGAAGUGGAGCAAAUCAAAGAGGCUGCCAAGAACUCGAUUCUUCAUGUGAAAGCUGAAGUACACAAGUCCUUGGACAGUUACGCAGCCAGUUUGGCCAAAGCCAUCGAGGCGGAAGCCAAACUCAAUUUAUUUGGGGAAGAGGCCUUGCCUGGGGUCCUGUUGGCGGCACGGACUGUCCCAGGGGCUGGCUCGGGGGGCCGCCGAGGCAGCAGGACGCUUGCGAGUCACAGGCUCCAGCUGCAGAGCAUCGAAGAAGGGAACGUUCUAGCCGCAGAACAGAAGUGAGGGCCUCAGGGCGGACUGGCGCUGGAGUCGCAGAUGCUGCCUGUGCCAGGGCCCUGCCAGCUCCUCACUGUGUCCAGUGAGCCAAAUGCAGAGAAGCAACAACAUCUGGGAUGCGGCCACCGGGAGAACUGGAUAUAAUGUCUCCAGCCUGCUGUGUCUGCUGUGGGACCACACGGGGGCGUCUCUGAGGCUUCUACAGUGCGUCGAAAAGCAGAGGGAGGUGUGGCUGUUGCCUGUUGGGAGGUGGGGCCGGAGAGCUUGAGGGUGGCUGGGGGAAACCAGAGAGCACGAGCUUUGAGGGGAACCAUCCCAUGAGUCAUUGCCUCCUCUUCACAACCUGUAUGCUGAAAGUCCAGUCCUGCCCUGUGGAGGGCAGCACGGUGCUUCUUAGCAUUGCCAAGUUCACGUCCAGGGCUUCAGCAUGUUGAAACAGGCAGUGUGGGGCAAUCGGUUCUAGGCAGAAUGGUGGGGCAGCGAGCACCUGGGAGCCUCCACACCCUGUCCUCGUUAGGACCGGGCUGCUGGUGCUGAAGGGAGGGCCCGUGCUGCCCCCAUCCCUGCUGGCAGACAUGGGGCAUUUCGAAAGAGGGGAGAAACCACUACAAAAGACAGGAGGAAGGGGCAGGUACCAGGUGUUUCACUUCCAGGGCUUCAGAAAGCCCUCUGGUUAGGGCACAGCACAGCCUUCCUGAGACCGGAUGGGACUGUGGUGCCGAGUGCAGGCUGACAGUGUCUUUAUUGGAGAGAAUCCCGUCACAUAGGGGAGCCUCAUUGAACACACUCUCUACGCGAUGUUCCAGUGCUGGGAACACCGCCAAGAGCAAGUUAGGUUAUGGCAACUCUGGGACAGCAUGAGGUAGGAGAGAGAGAGACUGGACAGAGUGCAACCUGGGUUCCUGGCUCAGCCCUAGCUCUGUGUGCGCAUGUCCUCUGGAACAUCCUGUCACCCCCUCUCUGUAAAAUGGGAGAGGGAGUUGGAUUGAAUGGUCUCCAAGCCCACCUCCUGCUCUGAUCUUUGCUGUCCUCUUGACUACGGAGGUAGGAAAAACAGUAACAACAAAGUGGACCACAGAUCUGCACUGGCAUUCUUCUGAGUGUAGCUCCCAGGGGGUGUGAAGUGCCCUGGCGGAUUGGCUGCUGGGGUGCAGUGGCCCAUGCCGAGAUGCUGUGUGGAGGAAGAGGAGCUUAGGCCUCCUUCCCCUCAAGAUGAAGCAGCAGCAGACGUCGGCGCGGAAUGAUUGCUGCGGUGACUCAGGAAGCCACCGUCACCCCCUCCACUGCCCUUCCAGCGGCUGUGAGCUGAGCCCAGGACCCUCCGUGCCUUGGUCAGCAGUGGUGGAUUCUAAGGCCGCCUUGCUGUGUCGGCUCCUAGGCAGCUGUUCCACAAAGGAAUGACAUCUGCGGGGUUUUCCUUGGGGUCUCGGUUGCUUCUUCUGAUGAGACACGGUCCUUUUGCUAUGUAGCAGAAGGCAGUGAUUGGCUGGUCCCGAGGCCUGGGACUUGGUUCCUUUGUGACUGAAUCCCACAUGGCUCUUCUGGGUCCGCAUGCGUGCUGAUGCCACGGGGCAGACUGCCCUCACUACCGGGUGGCAUUUCUUCCUCCGAUUGUGGGUGACCGAGGUUUUCCCUCUCUGUUCUGUGUAAUUUCUUUCCUAGCACUUGUCUUUUUGUUGUUGUUGUUGUUGUUGUUGUUUUCUAUUUAUUUGCAAGGGUUACAGAGAGAGGUAGGGUAGGGACAGAGAGAGAGGUCCCCCAUCCGCUGGUUCUCUCUCCAGAUGGCUGCAACGGCUGGAGCUGUGGCAAUCAGGAGCCAGGAGCCUCUUCCGGGUCUCCCACACAGGUGCAGGGGCCCAAGGACUUGGGCCAUCUUCUCCUGCUUUCCCAGGCAACAGCAGAGAGCUGGAUCGGAAGAGGAGCAGCCGGGACUAGAACUAGCACCCAUAUGGGAUGCUGGCACUUCACGCCAGGGCUUUAACCUGCACCACGUGCCGGCUCCUUGUCUGGUUUUCAAAGGGACCAUGUUCCCCAUCAGCAAUAAGCACAGACGUAGGACAGGGCCAUGAGGCCUUUACCUCCAGGCUGGGUCACCAGGUAGACACUCUCCAGCACUGCACAUUGGCUUGGAACCCAAGGGCUGGGGAAGGCUCCCCUGACUGCCGGCAGCUGGGCUCCAGGGAAGACUCCUGGGACCACCCAGGUUACCUGGCUGACCGCAGCCCAGCUGGGAUGUGAUGGGAGUUCAUCUGAAUUAGUCUAGAAAGACUACAUUUCACAAAGGGACUCGGUUCCCCCUUGUUUUUAAGCUGAGGUGUGUUUGACACUACACAAACACUGUGUAAAAGGACCCUCCCAGGCUCUGCGGGCAGUAAUGCUGGUGUGUCUUUGCUCCAUUAGGGAGAAAAGACCUGGGCAGGUUCUAAUAAAACCUCCCAGGCAGUGAUGGGAGAACUGUGGCACCAGCGUGGGGGUGGUAUUUCCAACCAGGAGUUAGGCACAGCUCCUGUGAGGUGGGUGACCAUGGGAGCUAAGUCUCAGGGAGUGUUUGGCAGCUAGGGCCAUAUUUUGCAUAUCCAGGAAUUCAAAUUUGCCUUAAUGCAGCUGAGAGAGGUGGAAGUGGGGGUGGGGAAAGAGAAUCUCCCUUCCCUACAUUCCGAGGGCCCCGAGAGGCAUUUCUGAGGACACCUGCCCUUAGGUCGGGCCAGCACCCCCACCCGCUCCCACUAAACCCAGGCUCGUUAGCUGUGAAUUGCUGUACAGUGGCGGGCUUGAAGCCACCCAGAGGGGACCUUGUGGACACUGGCAGGCGGGACUUCUGGCCACCUUAGUGCUUAAAUCCCUCAGUCCUGGGUCUUCCGGUUGUGGGAAGACCACUCUUAGGGCUGCUGGCCAUCUCUGCUUUCCUCACUGAGCUUCCCAGCUGCCAAGGUGCCUGUGUUAUGCUCCAGACUGCAGGUUGCUGUGACCCAGAAGGCACUGGGAGUCCCACACGACGUAGCACACUGCUCCACCUCAGCGCUUCCCUGGGUAGGACACAAGACUGGAGUUCAGGACCUUGAACUCUAGGUGGCAGCAGUGUGGCUGUGCAGAGCCUCAGCCAAGCUGUUCUUGGCAGACAAGGAAGCACCACCCUGAGCCUGCUUCCCUGAGUGACCCGUCAGGGUCACAGGUGCUGCCCUCACUCAGCUGUGUGGUCUUCCACAAAUCGCUGCUCCUGGAGGAGCGGGUUGAGGACUGUAAGACAAGGGCCACCUAGCACCAGUGUCCCUGGAUUCUCUCCAGGGAGGAGUCUGAAAAGAGCUGAGCAACCAGGGGGAUGACCUCAGUAUGUGCAGCAGUCCACACAGGGGAGGGAUGCACAGCACUCGGAUACAAUGAGAGCCUGCUAAGUCUGUUUGGAGUUAACUCUGAGUGUCCCAUCACAAAAUGCCUGAGAGACACACACAGAGACAUGGAUGCAUCACGAGAUGCUCGGGAAAUGUGUUCAGCCUGGAGCGCCUUCUGUCUCCUGUCUGGUGGGUGACGUGAAGUGGCCAUGCAGAGAAGGCAGGAAGCACGUACUGACCGGUUACAUCUAAUGGCCGACGGACACUCCAUUAGGCACUUCAGCACAACUGUGACAUGGAGAAGAGCGCAAACGUGGCUGUGGGGAGGUCCCGAGUUCAGAUCCCGGGCUGCCACUUACUGGCUGGGAGUUUGGGGCAAGUGAGUGAGUGUGCCUCUCAAUUUCCUUAUCUGUAAAGUGCAGUUUUGUAGUCAUUUCCUGUGUAGAGAGACAGGAUUCAGUGGCCUCCCUCCCAGGGUGACUGUGUGGAUUCCAUGAAGACAUUUUGGGACGCAUUGGACACGGAACACAGUAUCUGGGGUGCAGUGGAAACGGAGCCACUGGCCUUGUCUCAGUAACUGUGAGGGGGGUUACUCUUGUUUUACAGGGGUUGCGGUUAACACUUAGGUGGGAGGUGCUGAAGGUGUUGCACAGGAAUUUUGAGUUGUACACCCAGGACUCUUGAGAAGGGACGGGGUGAGAAAGCAGAAGGCAACAGAGUAGGGUGGGAAGGCAAUAAAUAGCACUGGCGCUCAGGAAGUCUAAGGGAGCACAAGUGAGCUUCUCUGUUAAAAAUUAUGUGCCGGCCGGCGCCGUGGCUUAACAGGCUAAUCCUCCACCUUGCGGCGCCAGCACACCGGCUUCUAGUCCCGGUUGGGGCGCCAGAUUCUAUCCCGGUUGCCCCUCUUCCAGUCCAGCUCUCUGCUAUGGCCCGGGAAGGCAGUGGAGGAUAGCCCAAGUCCUUGGGCCCUGCACCCACAUGGGAGACCAGGAGAAGCACCUGGCUCUUGGCUUCGGAUCAGCGCGAUGCACUGUCCGCAGCGGCCAUUGGAGGGUGAACCAACGGCAAAAAGGAAGACCUUUCUCUCUGUCUCUCUCUCUCUCACUAUCCACUCUGUCAAAAAAAAAAAAAAAAAAAAGAUGAAAUAAUUCUUCAAAGAUGAUUCGCCCUUGGGGCCUGGUGGAGUCUCACAUCACCACAUAAAUUUCAGCCCAGAAGGGACCCUCUCCCAGGAAAGUGCCCCAGGUGCUGUAGUGAGAGGGACUGCCUGGCUGACACUUGGGUUUACAGAAUCCCUACAGUCUUCUGAGGGAAGAGGCAGGGCAGGGAGAGCCCACAUUACCACACACAAAGUAUGCAGGCCCUGGGACGGGGGAGAUCCCAGUCUCCAGAGGAAACCGGCUGUGCUCAGCCAGCAGUGUCACUGCAGGGAGGGGCAGAGCCAUACUGUGCUUGUGGGUUGGGCAAAAGGGACACAGAAUUUAGGGAGGCCUAGGGGGAAAGUCCAAGGCCUCAAAGUGAGUAAAGCCAGAAUCGUGGCUGAAUUCCAGGACCUGGCCAUGGGGCUGAGAGGAGAGGAGCCAGCCUGUGGCUCAGGCGGAGGGAGAGUUCAGAGUGGUCAGUAUUAGACAAAUGGGUCCGUAGGGCUUUAUUACAUAGCUAGGGAGGGCAUGGCAGAUAAUCAGAUCUAGGUCAGACCUAAAAGAACCAAAGGCCCAAGGCAAGUGGAUUCACUGGGAAGAAUUCAAAGCACAAUCUCCACAAGAGUUCAAAAAGCACGAAUUGGCUCAGUGUUUUCAGGAGGAUGCAAUACACAGAGCCGCAUUUUCCUGGGCAGGGACAGGGACGGGAAUUCGGAGCCACCUGACACCAUUCUGAAUACCGCAAAUCGCACUCCAGGCAGCCUCUCCCAGAGGGAAACCGUCUCAGGGAGGUUCAUGGCCUGGGCCACAGCACGGGUAGAGCCUGUUUGUUCAUUAACAGGUCUGUCAGGGAUAAUGGGCCCCGGGGAGCAGAAAAGGUUAAAAACCAAUCCCCCCUCCAAAAAAAAAAAAAAAUCUAAAAUAUAUUUAACGAAGUUUCUGGAUGACAUUUUAAAAAGAUUAAGUGUUUAGGAUUACAGUAAUAUUUAUAAGCAACUAGAAGUCUAUUUAGGUAGUUUUAUCUGAUUCAGUAUGGUUUUGGUAUAUGUACAGCUGUGGACUAUGUGGACUCUGUACUUGGACUUGUGGUCCGUGGGCUUUUUUUGGGUGCCUCUGCCUUCUCCCCUUUUCUCCAGCAGGGAGGAGUAGGCUGUUGGAGAACUGGGGGAGCGGGCAUAUUGGUCAUCAGGUGUAUCUAUCCAGGCGUUUUUCAGAAAUUCCUCCAAGGCUGUUACUUUCAUGGAGUAUUGUUAAAUGACCUACUUCUCACCACGGCCAAGAUACUCUAAACCCAGUCUUUAAAGAAGACCUAAUGAAUGCUAUUAUCUGUCCAUGUAUUUAUUGAUCAAUCAACAGACUUAUAUUUUCCAUUCUAUAAUAAAGUCAAAGAGGAUGAAUGGCAGAUUUUCAUUAUUUUGAGACUCAGAACAAACUCAGGGCACGAAACUCCCUCCCCCCCCGCCGCGGGUGGGCAUCUUCCCUUUCCUGAGUGGGUAGGCGAGUCCCAGGUCCUAGC